CCAGCCCCGCCAGCUCUCCUCAGUCUUCAUCGUUCGACUCGGUGAGCGCAGACUCCUCCGCCUCACACCAUGUCGCUGAGGAUCAAGCGCUUAUUUCGGUCCAGCUCCUCCGGCAAGGACGGCAAGGAGCCGGGGCGCGCGGAGUCCCGGGACCAGGACGUUUUGGGGGCCCAGCUGCCGGGACCCGCUCCGGGCGGCGCAGGUGACAGCGCCACGCUGCCCCGGGAUGCUGAGCUCGUUUCCCCGAAAGGAAAGAAGGGAAUCGGGCUGUUGUCGCUCCGGCGGAAGAAGAAGUCCAAGCAGAGUGAAGAGUUCGGGGGGGAGGUGUUCCUGCCUGACCCCGAUGAACUGGACCGCUUCAGAAACAUCCCCUUCGACCAGAGGAGUGUUUCCACAGAGUGCAGUUUCCCAACUGCUUCAGACAGACUGGAUCCUCACUCAGACUGCUCUUCUAUGAUCAACUUAGAGAUGAAUCAGCCUGGAAGCCCCAUGUCCCCCUCCAAGCUCUUCAAGAUUUCUGGGGAAAAAAAGGGAAUGCUUGGUCGCCUCACCACCUUAUUUAGCGUCCGCAAGAGAAAGGGCAGCAAUAAACAACAGUCGGACAGUUUUGAAAAUUCAAGCUCACCAGCAUCUCCCGUGUCUCCACGGUUUGACCUGUUCCAACAGCAGGAUGGCGGAGCAACAAUUCAUGCAGAGUUCCGAACCACAAAGAAGUGGGGGGACACCAUCAGCCAAAGCUCAAGCACAACCUCCCUUAAGACAGAUGAAGCAGAUUUCCCCUUUGCAGACAGUAACAGCAGCAGAGAGGGCAGUGUGAGGGAGCUGAAUGUGGGCCCAGUCAGCAGUGAAAGGAACCGGGAACAAGCUGUGGAGUUUCCAUCUACCAGCAAGUCCAAUGUAGCAUUUUCAGAUUCAGUGGUGGAAGAAGUCAAUAAAAGGCUGCAGGUAGACUUGAAAGAAAAGGUCCAGAAUCCCUGUAAAGAUGAGGCCUUUAGCCCCACCACUCUUAUGUCUCUAAACAUCCCAGUUUCUGUGGCAACUGAGACCCCAAAGUCUCCUAAUUUAACCUCUAUAAGCUUGGGAUCAAAGAAAACUCUGGUGAAGACAGGAGGGAAAGGGCACAGCACUGCUCUGAGAGGAAUCACUUUAUCCUCACCUUCAUCACGCACCAUCACAACAUCACAACAGGAAGUGAAGCAGGAAAGCUCAGGAGCUAAGAGCAAAGUUGGAAUAUCACCCAGAAGCCUCACAAGGGAGGCUGCAGCCUCUACAUGGAGCCAUCCUCCAGAGAAAGCCGGAGUAAAGGGAGGGGAUUCGCCUGUUCGGCUUCACAAAGCCAUAUGGGUGGAAACACACCUGGGGGAGGAGGAAAUGGAGAGAGAGGGGGAGGCAGAAAAGGAUAUCAUGCAACAGGAGGAGGAGGAGGGCUUCAGAGCCGAGUCUCCUCCUGUGCUGGCUAUACCUGUCACUGUGAUACCUGAGGACGAAGAAACACAGCAGGCCCUGAAAGGUUCCCCGACCCCACUGCAGACUUCUCCAUCUGGCUGCUUGCCAGAGGCAACCAUUUCCCUGGCAGCGUCUACACAGGAAUUUCAAACAUUUCCACCUCAGCCCCACACGGACAUACAAUCAAAGCAGAGUUUACUUCAGGGAAAGCAAGCCUCAACUGAAAUCUGGGUGACAAACAAGACUGUCAGCCUGCCUUCAAAUGACAAAUUCUUUGCCCAAAAGGUGGUUAUUAGCCCGGAAUCCAGUUUGGAAGAGGAUGAACCGUCUGGAGAGAUCUGCAGUGCAGGCCCUUCUUCAGAGUCCUCACUCCCAACAGGAGUAAAACUAUUACCAGACCUCCAGAGAAACCGUGAUGCUGAACCCAAAGAUGCCAGCUCACUCUCAGCAGCAGAGGACAGCAGACAGCAUGACAAAGAUGCUUCACUGCCCGUAGUUGAAGGAAAAUCCAAUUCUGAGACCCCUAAAUCUGUGUAUACCUCUACAGUUUCAAUUAUGAACAAAACAAAGCCACAAGUGGUGAGGUUAGGGUUAAAAAGGAAUGAAUCUGACCAAGCUGUUGCCUCCAGUGGAAGGCUGAAAGCAGCAGCAGUAAGUCAACAGACUACAGGCAGUGCAACAAAGGUCCCCUCCUCAACUGCUGCAAGAAAAGCCAAGAAUGUCACCGCAAAGACACAAGGCUCCACAGAAGGAGCAGAAGCUGAAACGGAUCCUCAGCAGGAGCACAGCAGCAGCGUUUCUGUGUUACCAGUGUUGAAAGACCAAAGCACAGGCCGCUCAUCCAGCACAACAGACUCAAGGUCCAAAAUCCCCAAAAGGUCUCCGUCAGAUUCUGAUAUGAAACCACAGGAUAAAGCAUCCGCGCUUCAUAGUUCAGUGUCAACAGGGCCUCCCAGUUCACUAAAACAACUUCAAGUAAAAGAAUCUGGGAAACUACAAACCAUAACUGGUAAUAAAACCAAUGUUGAAGGAGCUAAAGCUGUAAGAUCUCUGUCAGGAAUCCUCUCUCCCACCAAACUCACUAACAAGACAGAUGUAAAGGUCAGUCACACAAAAUAUGAUCAUGACUUUGAGUCAGCAAACCUCUCAAACUGCAAGGAGAAAGAGCAUGGGAAGAGAAGUGUUAAAAGCUCACCCACAGGGGAUGAAAAGAGUAAAGAUCCCAGGAAACAGCAGGAAACCACCAUGUCCUUGGCUUCUAAAAGCCGCUUGCCUGUUUCCUCUCCAGUAAAAAGGGAGGCUGAUGAUAUCAUUCAGAGAAGCAGGCACAAUCUGAAGAGAGCUUCCUCUGGACAAACAGACUUGGGAAAAGAAGCAAGGACUCAGAGGCAAGAAUUAUGGCAAGAAUUCAACAAGGAGAAGUUUGAACCUCAAACAGCUACCCUGCUCUCUGGAAGACCAAAGAAAGGAAUAGGAAGUGUGUCUUCAACUAAAGCAUCCAAACAGCUCCCUAGGAGAAGCAUCAGCCAUAAGGAGACUGACACUCCCUCCACCAGUGACUCUCUGUCGCCUCGACAGGAGAAAAGCACUUUUUCAAGGUUCCCCAAGCAGACCGACAACCCUAAACAAGCCCACAAAUGGCUCACCAAGGACCCAGCUGAGGCCUUAUCUGGGUCCAUGCUUCCAAUGAGAGGUCAGAGGAGUCCCACUAAAGUCACACUCAGGAUCUCCCAUCAGUCAACAAUGUCUGAAGAUUCAGACACACUGACGGGGUCUGCUUCAAAAACAAAAGACUUCAACACAAAAGAUCAAAUCAAUGGCAAAACAAGUGAUUUCACAUUUAAAUUCAAGCUGGCAGAAGAGUGUGCAGCACUGACAGAUGAUCAGACCAAGACACCUGCAGACAAGCUCAUGGAAGGAGAGACAACGGUGUUGGAGGCCAGUGGACAGAGGAACUCUGGAGAUAUUUUAAUAUUAAAAGACAGUAAUGCAAUACUUGAUGUUAAUGCCCAAGUGGCAAAGUUAGCUGAGGAACUGCCAAUAAAGGUCACAGAAAAAACAAGUUUAUUUCAAUCUCCACCCACUGAUGCAAACGAUGAUCCUGUUCAUAGAGGAAGACAGAGUGUCAUAGAAGAACAGGCUGAAGUUCCACAGAAAAACUUGCCUCUGUCUCAUAGUAUGAACACAAAGCAGGAGCUAGAAGCAAAGCCACCAUCGGGUGCUACCACCACACGGGAAGAAACAGACACGUUUGAGAAGCUAACACAAAGCUCUAAACCUCAAUCUGCCCCAGAGAGGGAAGAUAAGACUGCAGCUAAAAUGACAUCCAAGCCUGUGAUAGACGGUGAUGUUCCCCAUGAACAAACGAUCCACACUUAUGUUGAAGGUUUUACAGUCGGGCUUGACUCUUUCAAAGAACUAAAGCAGGUCAGUUCAACUGAAGUAGCCACAAGCUCUCCAGAACCAAAGAAAACGGACUCCUGCUCUUCCAUUGCUGUCUCAGAUGAUCCCAAACUUACUUAUGCAAAAGAAAUUCCAAAAGAUCAAACCAAAGAGGAAACGGACAAAACAUUGCAGAAGUUAGAGGUGGAUCCAGUAAGCGAUUUUAAUGCAGAGAAGAAGACUGACAGAGAGGAGGAUAGGAAAGCAGCUGAAGUUGAAACAGAGACUCUGGUUGUUUGUGAAUUGCCCAGUAACCUGGAAAAGCAGUCAGACUUAGAGGCUCUGUUCCAAACUAAACAUCCAGAAUGGAAGGAGAAAGACCCUAAACCAAGAGGAACUCCUAAUGACUCGGCUGCAGAAAGAAGUGCAUCACAGAAGAUUGGCACAGAGGAAUUCAAAGAGUUAUCAAAUGAGGGGAAACUGGAAAACACCAUCACAAAUUCAUGGAGACCAAAGCAUCUACUCUCAGAGGAGAAGGGUUUCCAGUGGGAAGCAAAUGAUGUACCACAGUCUGUUGGUGUAAAUGUCCUGGAGGAAACAGACGCUGAAACAGAGCAAAGAGCAUGUUUACCACAAGAAACCACAGCCAGGAUGGCUGAUGCAAAAGAGCAAGUCCUUUUACAGGACACUGGUGGCACUCACACCCAGGAAGCACAGCGGCAGAUAGAGGUAACAAUUAGGAACGAGGAGGAGGAAGCCAAACAGGUCAAAGAGAAUGUGGGGAAUCUGUCCUCCAAACAGACUGACGAUGUAAAGGGAAAACCAGCUCAAGAAAUAACAUCCAUAAACGCUAAAAUGUCAGACACUAAACCUGAAGACAGUAGAAACAAGACAGAAAAAACACUGACUUCUAAAAAUGGAGAGAUGGAACAUAAAAUAACAAUAGAAAAUACAAAUACUCCAAAGGAAUCUAAAUGCCAAAAUGUUUACAGUGAACAGAAGCAAGAAAUUGUCAAAGACAGAGAAAACUUAUCAGAACCGCAUGUUUUAGUAAAGAACCGCACAGAAAUAUCGGAAUCCUCUAUUGAGAGUUUAAUAUGUGAGACUGAAACCGCACACAAGGAAGUUGCUGUCAAAGAGGAUCAGAUGCCAGUAGAUGUUGUUAACCAAUAUGAGGAUCUCAUAAACCCAGACCGACUCUCACUGCAGGGUCCAGAGUUAAUUAGACCAGAAGAGGAGAAGAAAUCACUGAAUGAGAAGUUGGAUAAUGAUCAGAAACACAUCAUUUUGAGCAUAAACAAUGAAGCCAACAAGUCUUCAAAGAGUUUGGUGAAGGAAAGCUUUGUUUCUGAAAAUGAGGAUUGCAGAUCACAGAUAUUAAUGACCAUUGCCGCUGCUGACCAAGAUGAGGACUGCACAGAGUCAGCGAAAAGCAAAUCGACUGAAAUCAAGCCAAGUUCUGCCAUAACUAGAAUGGCAGAGAUAGACAAGAUAAAGGAUUUAGCGAAGGGAACUGAAAGCCAAAGUCAACUGCCAAAUAUAGAGACUGUUAGUUACCUUCUGCAGGACCAAAUACCCAAAGCAAUCCACAAACAUUCAAGCCACCAAUCAAAAGAAGAAGUUGAGGGAAUUAAAACUGAGGUUCCUGAGGUUCCUGAGGGGGGAACAGCAGAAGAAAUGCAAUGCCUCAAGUCAGGAAUGCCUCACACCAAUGUCAAUGAUUCAUCAGGGAAUGAAACACAUACAAAUUCCUCAUUUGAAGUCUGCAACCAAGACAACACAACCUCCAUGAUUGUUGGACAACAAGAUGUGGAAGUUAAACAGCCUGAAUGUACAUUUUUGAAUUCUGGCCUAAAAAGCAAACCUGAGGCAGAGGAAUUAGAGGCACCAGAAGACAAAAUUAUUUUCCAAAUUCAGCAACUGCAUAUUAAAAGAACUGUGGAGGAAAAUAUGAAAGAAUCAGCAGCAAAUGUUGUGAGCCUUAGAUUAGCUGCAAAACCAGUUUGUGAUCAUCUAGUAGAUCAAACACCUUCAAUUGUCAAAGAUCACGACGUAGACAACAUUCAAAAAGGUAUAGAUAUAUUGGAACAACCAGAACAUUUAAACCUUCAAUCACAACAAGAAUCAGAAACAGUAGGAACAGAAGUUCAAGGAAAGUCAAUGAACCCUUGCAUAGAUACAACUCCCGAAACAGUAAGAACUCCUGCUGAGGAUACCAAAGACAAUGCUGAAGCUGAGAGGUUAGGGAGUUCACAAGAGGGAAAGGCUACAGAUGCUGCAAUGGACAUUAGCAGUCAGCAAGUUGAAAUGUCAAGUGUCAGACAGCAAGAGGAAGGACCAAAGCCAGAACAAGCAUCCAAAUGUAUAGAUGUUCAUGUAAAACUGAGAUGUGUGACAGAUAAAGGAGAGACACUAGAAAACACAACAGUAUUACAAACUCAAAGGAUUACAGACAAAAAAAUCAGGAGUGAAAUUGCUGAACCAGAGAAAAACAAAAAUGUAUCUAGUGAAAGUUUAAUCGAUGCCCCACUAAUGGGAAGUUCUCAAUACCAAAUAUAUACAACUGUUGGGGAACAGCAGGAAGACACAGCAAACAAGAGAAAAGAAAGGACAACACAGUCACAACCACCAAUUCAUCAAGCUGAGCAAGACUCAGAGAAUGUCAAAGUUCAAGACAAAACACUCGGAGGCUUAGAUGCAACUCCAUCUUCUAACUCUGCAUGUAGUCGCUCUGAAAUGAUCAAAGAGGACACCGAGAUCAGAGUUAGCAUGGAGCUAGCUAAACCAUUCAAUGAAUCAAGAUUUUUAAAAAAUAAUUUAGGGAAACUUAAACCUGAGAGUAAGAAGACAGAAGAAAUGCUGGAGAAAAGUAAAAUCCCAGUUCAAGAUCCACAGCAUGAAAGCUUCAGAUUAGAGGAUACUGAAGAAGCUCAAGAUCAGCUUGAAACAAACAAGACACCAGUAGAGAGUUUGGAAAAUGUGCAGGGGGCAUCUGUGGAUAGGAUUAAUAAUAUUCUGCAAGACCAAUUACUAAUAGAUGUUACAAAUCUAGAAUCAGCCUUAUUAAUGGAAGGCAAAUGCACAUUAACAGAACCUGAAACUUCAAACAUUCAAUCAGAAGAAGAACCAGAAACAGUGGGAGAAGACAGACAAGACAAAGCAAUGACAGAGUCACGCACAACUGCAUCUGAAGAGCCUGACUCACAGAGCACUAAUACUGAAGAUGGCAAAAAAAAUAAUGAAGGUCAAGAUUUCACUCCAGCUGCGUGUGCUGCAGCUGACAUUAGCAGUCAACAGAUUCCAAUUCCCAUAACAGUUGAACAGGAGGUUGAGAUUAAACAAUCAUGUUUAAAUGCUGAUCAAAACCUGAGACCUGGGACUGAGACAACAAAAGGAUUAGAAGUUACAGCAAUAAUCCAAGACCAUGUAGAUGGAAGGAGCAGGAGUGAUGCUGGGAGAGCCACAGAGAGCACAAUAACCAAAAGACCAUCAGCUGGAAGCUUCUUGAAUGUCACAAGAUUUCAAACAUUUGGCUCUGACCAUCUCCAACAGCAGAUAUCCACAACUGUUCAAGAACAAGACCUAACCAUAACCCAAACAACCAACCGCAAAGACGGAGCGACUGAGUCUGAACAUCCAAACCACCAAACAGAGCAAAACUCAGAGACUGUGGUGACUGAAGUGAAAGUAUUUGGGGACGAAAGAACAGAUGAAGAGCUUUUUUCAAAGGGAAUUUGCUCUGAAAGUACCAAAGAAAGCACUCAAAGAAAAUACAAUUCCUUAGUGAAUGAGGCAGCAGCUGCAGAUUCUGCUGGAGACAUCAGUGUCGAACAGCUACAGAAGAUCACAACUGCUGAUCAACAACAUGGGGAGAUGGUGAAAUGCAUUUUAGUUGAGAAACCUGGAAGUGACACUCCAGUGGACCGAACAGUUAAAGAGGAAGCAGUUGAAAGGUCAGAAAAUGACUCUGAAGCUCCUGAUGCUGGACAAGAACUGAAAUCAAAGAUUUCAAUUAGAGCAGCUCAGGAAAAGAAAACCAAUACCAUAGAAUCAGGUCCAGGUAACAAAGCUGACACUGGGUUGGAACAGAAAAUCUUGAAUGAAGAAGCUUUUGAACUUGCUAAAAAAGUGAUAAGUGCUGCCACUCAGCAGCUGACAAUGUUAGCAGUUGAUGCCAAACAAACAUCUAAACACACUUUGGAAAAAAAUGCACCACAUGAAGAGGAUGGUGGAGGCCAACCGGAACAGUCCACAGUUGUUUCUUCUAAGCUAACCAUUAAUUCUAGUCUGCAGAAUGAUGAAGACCAUAAAGAAGAAAUACAAGUGCUUGAGUCUGCUGCAGGGACUUCUGCUAAUACUGGCAGUUUGACACAGAGCCUCCAAACUCCACCAAAACUGAUGUUUGAUGAUGUUUUCUCUCUUUCUGCUUCAAAGAACUCACUUUCCUUGCCUCAAAGUUUCAGCCAAAAUAUUGGAUCUCCAUCGUCCUGGUUAGAUGUGGAGCAUGGUGGCAAACAGAAGAAGGAACACAAAAGAAAACUCAAUUUGUCAACAAGUUUGGAUGAAUCUCUCAAGCUGGAUGAUAUUGAGGAUUUUAUAAGGAACAUCAAGGGAGGUGGGAUGCCCUUUUCCGUACCCCGCAAGAGGCAAGUUCAUAAGAAACCCCUAUCUCCGCAUUUUGCUUUACCACCGAUCAAAGAAGACAAUUUUGAGCAAACAUUUGAUCCACAGGAAUUUAAAUUUGGCUUAGGAAAAACUGGUAGAAAUUUGAUAGAUCUUUCUCCUGCUAUGUUCAUCAAACAAAAAGCAGAAAAAAGGGAGAAUAAAAGCUUGAAAAACCAAAACAAUGCUACGUCAACGCAGCACACAAAUGAAGACCAGCAUCUGGAGAAAGGACAACAACAGACUGAAGCCGGACAAAAAGAAGGACAAGACACUGAACCUGGAAGGACCAAAUCAAGACUUGACAGGAUGUCCAUCCUUUCUGACCUAUUAAACUCCCCUCGAAUUUCUAGGAAGACUAGAGGGGAAGUUACUUCAAACAACACGCUGUCUUCAAACAAGCAUAGCAGCUUGCAUUUUGCUGCACAGUUGGGAGUUACUGACUUACUUCUGCCCACCGUCACUCCUGAUAAAGGCAGUGAGACGAGAACAGAUCAAGGCCAACCCACAUUGGAUGGGGCUGUUAUCCACGGUGAAUCCUCAUGUAGCCUCUCUUCUCCUCCUCUUCUUCCAACUUUCCCAGAGAUGAUUUUGUCUGAACAUUUAAAGGAAUCCCCCAAGAGGAAUACAGAGGAAUUUAAGACUACCCAAGACUCUGUAGAAACAACCAAAACUAACCAACAUGUCCCUGCUGUGGACCAGGUUUCAAAACCUGUCAUCAGCCUUGACACCUCCAGCAUGGCCUUGCAAAGCUCUAAGGAACUGCCUUCACAUACUGACAACACUGAGAAGACCUCCAUAAACCAGUGUUUUGUUACUAAGACUAAGACUCCUGCAGUCAGACACUUCCACAGAAGACCUGGAAAGGUCGUCAUACACGAACAAGCUCAGUUUGGUGGAGAGGCUUUUGAAGUCUUUGCAGAUGUUGAGGAUGCUACAAUGAUGAAGUUAUCCCCAGUCAUAUCAGUCAGAGUCAUCAGAGGAUGCUGGCUUCUCUAUGAAAAACCAGGCUUCCAGGGUCGGAUCAUCCCUCUUGAGGAAGGUCUGACAGAUCAAAUAGUUGACAUGUGGGCAGAGGAGGAAACUCUGGAAACACCAAACCAGACGGGUCAACCAGCUCCAACAUCUCCUGUGGUCAUAGGGUCACUUCGACUGGCUGUAAGAGAUUACAGCAUGCCCCGAAUCGACCUGUUUUCAGAAGUGAACGGGUUGGGGAGGGUGUCGUCGUACUGUGAUGACACCGCUGAACUCAGCUCCUACGGCCUCCCACAGACCACGGGCUCCAUCAAGAUCCACUCUGGAGUAUGGUUGGUGUACAUCGAUCCAGGGUUUCAGGGGUUCAUGCAAGUCCUGGAAGUGGGGGAGUAUCCUCAUCCUCAAAGUUGGGGCUUCCCUGACCCUUUAAUUGGUUCUCUAAGGCCUCUACGGAUGGGGUCAAUAAAGGUGGAGAAUCCAACUGAUGUAAAGGCGCUUGUGUUUGAGAAGCCCAACUUUGAAGGAAUGUGCUUGGAAGUAGACUGUGAUAUCUACAACUUACUAGAGCAAGAAGAAGAGGGAGCAGACAAAGUUGGAGUGAAGAAGAAAGCCCUGUCUGGAGUGGGCUCUUUAAAGAUACUCCGGGGUCUCUGGGUAGGAUAUCUGGAAGCAGACUUUGAAGGUCAGCAGUACAUCUUGGAGGAAGGAGAGUAUUCUCACUGCAGUGACUGGGGAGGAUCAGAGGAUGGGCUUCUAUCACUCCGACCUGUGCUGGCUGAUUUCCAGGCGCCCCGUGUUAAGUUGUUCCAUGACGUAAACUUUGGUGAGAGGGGGCUUGGAGUGGACUUGGUGGAUCAUGUCCUCAACAUGGAGGCGAUUGGGCACAACACCAAAACCCAAUCCAUCAAUGUGAUUAGUGGAGUCUGGGUGGCGUUUGAGCAGCCUGGAUUCAGUGGGGAGCUAUACGUCCUGGAGAAAGGCCUGUAUGCCAGUCCUGAGGACUGGGGAGCUCAGAACUGCAGGAUCUCGUCUAUUCUGCCUGUCUUCCAUGAAAUACCGUGUGGGUCAGCAAAAUUCAAGGUUCAGCUGUACUCUGAAGCAGACUUCCAGGGACGCAUGCUGACUCUGGAGGACAGUGCUGCUGCGCUGGACCAAGAAUUCACCCCCAGGUCCUGUAAGGUUCUGCUCGGCAGCUGGGUUGCAUACGAGGGAACCCAGUUUACAGAGAACAUGUAUGUCCUGGAUGAGGGGGAGUACCCCAACACAGACACCAUGGGGCUCCUUCUGCCAGACUCAAAGCUCAGAUCCAUUCAGACUGCUGGAUACGAGUUCUCUCUGCCCUCCAUCAUGUUGUUCAGCAAAGUAGGCUGUCGAGGUCGCAGAAUGAUGCUGACCGAUGGGGCUGUGAACCUGCAGAGGCAAGGCAUGGAUCUGCGCACACGCUCCCUGGUGGUGGUGGGCGGUGUGUGGGUGUUGUAUGAAGGCAUCAACUUUAGAGGUCAGCAGCUGCUUCUCCAACCAGGUGAAGUGAGGGACUUGUCAGCGGUUACCAGCUGGGAGCAAAUAGGAUCUCUUCGUCCAUUAAUGCAGGCACGAGUGUACUUCUGUCUGCGAAACAGGGGGACGGGGGGCCUGAUGACCCUAAACGGAGUGAUGGAUGACAUCAAGCUGAUGAGAGUUCAGGCUGUGGAGGAGACAGGAGGAGCAGAGCAGGUCUGGCUCUAUCAAAGGGGACAAAUCUCAUCAAAGAUGGCCGAGGAUUUGUUCCUGGAGACAGCAGGUGGUGUGGUGAUGGCAGGAUCCCGGCUGUGCCUUUCCCCUGAGCAGGGCAAAGACAACCAGCUGUGGAGCAUCACACAAGAAGGUUUGGUGCGCUGCCACCUCAACCCUCAACUGGUCCUGGAAGUCAAAGGAGGCAAUCAGUACGACAAGAGCCAGGUCAUCCUCAACAAGCUUGAUGAGAGCAAACUGAGCCAGAAGUGGACUCUGGAGAUCCUGUGAUGUGGCAGCACAGUGAUGAAAGCUAGAAGCUCCAGCAAAGUAUACCACCUGGACGAUGCACUUUAAGGCCUAUCCAUGCACCCAUUAUCAACCCGUUCAGUGUCGGGCAGAGCCGCUGACGACCCGGCCUCCGGUCCGGCAAAGGCGGGAGCGCCCUGGGCAGUUUACCAUGCAAUCCACGGCUGGGUGCACUUUGAGGCAUUUAAAGCAUUUUAUUUUCUCCAAAAAAAUCAUUCCUUUAACACACACCAAAGUCUAACGUUUUCCUGUGUAAAGUCAUAGUGGCUACUGGUACUUCUUUUUCAAAUGGUUUUGGUCCGUUUACUCAGAUUUGAAGCUCUCAAAAACCUGCGAACACACCAUCAGGGCUGCAGCAUGGCCUGUGAACACGCACACUCCAAAGAUGUUUUAGAUUAACCUUCAUUCCAUGCUUAGAUGCAAAGAAUUCUUUUUGUAAAGCUUUCAUGUCUUUGUUUGCUGUAAGAUGUUACUCAGUGAUUUAUUGCUUUCAAGAAGUGCAAAGAUCAGAACCUGUUCUGAUCAAAACAUUGUAUCACUGCUGCUCCUUGUAAAUAUCUGUGAAAACUUUGACAGAUUAAAGUGACUUUGACUCUUUUUCUCA